AUGAUUAUACAGAAGUCUGUGUAUAUACUUCCCUACAAGACAACAUUUAAUUAUGAAAUAGAAUCAAAUACUACUAUCGGUGAUUUACUGUCUUUCAUAUAAGAAUAAGAAAAGUAAGUUAAAAUAAUAUUUUAGUAUAUUAGGAAGUAUCAAUACUUGGAUUUGCUAUUCCUAAUAAAGGAAUAUAUUUUUGAAUUAUUAAGAUGAAGUUGGAGAUAUUGAUCAAGAGUCAUUUAUAGUACAAUGUAAUAAAUAAAUUGAAAGACCUAAAUUUAUUACAGCUAUCAUUUAACCUUAAAAUAUAAAUUUUCAAUUUAAAGUAAUCUCUACUUUUCUUGUAUCAGAAGUCUUAUAUUAUCUUAGUUAGAAAAUUUAGUAAUAUAUUUCUUAUAAUUUGAAGAAUUUUUGAGAACUUUGAAAAUUGGGUUUGUCAUUCUACAUCUGAAAAUCGAAUCUUAGAAUCCUAUGAAACACUUGGAGAAUCAGAAUCAGACUCUUUAGUGAUUACUACUAAUAGAAUUACGAUUUUAAAAAAAAUUUAAUUGGGUCAAAAUAUAUAAUUUUCUAUAGAAGUACUUCCCAAUACAAAAAUUUCAGAAAUACUUGAAAAUGCUAAAGUAACUUAAAAGUAAAAAUUAUAUAUCAUACAUAGAAUACAGGGAGAUCAUUAAUUAUGGAGAUGUUUUUCAUUUUAAUUAAAUUAAUAUCUUAACUUAGAUUCUUAUAUAAAUCUAAUAAAUGAAGAACUUCUACUUAUUACUGCCUAUCCAACAUAAAAUGGUCUAUUUAACACUGAAAAAUUAUUUUAAACAAGCCUCGACUUAUUCAAUACUAAUUUAACAAUUCAUAAUUAUACAAAACAACUACAUUAAACAUAAAUUUAAGUAUAGAUUUAUAUAAUUUUUAGCCUCAAUUAAUUGAUGAAGAAAAGAUAUAACUAAAUACUGAAAUAUAAGAUGGAUUACAAAAAAGAUUUAUACUAUUCUAUUUUAAAUCUAAUAUUACUAUUGAGGAAAUAGCCCUUUCUAUUUUAAAUUAUUUAUCAAUUUAAAUGUAAAAUUUAUAAUAUUUUUAGAAAUACAGCUUCUCUAGAUCUAUAUAUAAAUGGACAUUAAUAUAAUAAUUAAAAAGACAGAAUUUAAACAUUAAACUAAUUUAAAAUAAAAAAUAAUUCAUAAGUUAUAGCUAGAGUAAGAUGGUUAGACACAAAAGCCAAUAUAUUUUGA